CAUUUGUUUAGAAGAGUGAACGUUGGAGUAAUGUAAAAGAAUUAAAGUAUACGAGAGUGUCUCAUUUUGUGUUCUAAGUAAAUGCAAAAGUUGUAUAAAAUAAACAAUGAUUAUAGAAGAUCAAGAGUCAUUUAAAAGCUGGCUUUCGGCCGUACUGGAACCUUUGUGUGACGCUGAUCCUGUUGCCUUAGCGAAGUAUGUUUUUGCAUUGGUGAAAAAGGACAAACCACCAGGAGAACUUCGUGCUAUCAUGAUUGAACAGCUCGAUGUUUUUCUACAGCAAGAGACAAAAAACUUUGUCGACUUGCUAUUCAAGACGUUGGAAACACAGGCGUACAGCCUGCAAGGCCGCUCUGCUGUCGUCAGUCCAGCUGUACCUCAAGAAACACCUGUUACAGUACAAACGCAUCAGCCAAUGCAGCUGUGUGCAGUGCAGGAGUCUCAGCCAAUUACCAAUCAUCAGGUGACGGCAGCUCAGACUAACGGUAUUGUGGCAGUUUCCCUCCAGCGCCGUGAGGCUGACAGCUCGUCGAGACCAGUCCACCGAAAAUCUGACUCUGAUAAAGAAGAAAAAUCGCGUAGGAGGCACAGGAGUUCCACUUCACCACCUCCUUCUCGAGGGAGGUCCAGAUCCCGUUCGUGGGAGCGUUCUCGAAGAUCACGAAGCAGAGGCAGAGAACGUGACAGGAGUCGUGCUUGGCGAAACAAAUCCCCUCCACCUGGAGGGAGUGGCAGCAGCCGCGGGCGCCGCCGCACUUGGUCACGCUCUCCUCCGCCGCCGUCUGGUGGCAACCGUUCACGUGGGGCUUCACGUUCACGCAGUCGCAGUCCCCGCUACAAUCACCGCAGUUCACGCUACCGCAAUAGGUCACCACCACCGAGGUCGUCAGUUUCCCGGUCACGGUCCCAUUCUCUAGACCGAUCGGCCAGAGACAAGAAGGAACCGCUGUCUGGUGCAGCGACUCCGACACAGGACAGCAACCACGGCGAUGUUGAUAUGAGGCUGACGACAACGUCACAGAGCAUUCAGAGUGUUGUCAGCGCCUGCAGCAAACCUGCCGUGCCUGCUACAGCUGCUGGAGUCGCAAUACCUGACAACUCUGCAUCUACUCCCACAUUUUUACCGAAAAGGCGGUGUCGAGAUUUUGACGAAAAAGGGUACUGUAUGCGUGGGGAUCUGUGCCCUUAUGACCACGGUAACGAUCCAGUUGUUCUGGAAGAUGUGGCAUUGUCGAGAGUCCUGGCGUUUGGGCCCGGAGCUGGGACACACACACUCCCACCCACGGGCACUACGCCUGCUGCGCCGGAGCAUGUCGCACCUGCACCCGUCACCACACUGGAGACGCAUCCUCCCCCAUCUCACAACCUACGGCCUCCCACCGCAGUGCGACCUACGCACAUGGAGUACAACCCAGAUGCUCCUAGUAUGGAACCCAGAAUAAUGUGGGGCAGGCAACAGUUUCGCAGUGGACCCCUAGGUAUGCGUGGCGGUACAGUUCGCGGAGCUGUAAACCGUUCCGUGGCAUACAACCCGCAACCUCAGCGGGAGCUGAUCAGUGUGCCGGUGACAGAUGAGGUGGGACAGCAGGAACAGCCACAGACCAAGCAACAACAGCAGCAGCCACAGCAGCAGCAGCAGCAGCAGCAUCCGGAGCAGCAGCAAGCUUACCAGGCUGCACACUAUGGCAAGAGGAAUGUCACUCCAGUGGAUCAGGCGAGAGAAGUAGCAGCAAAGAAAAAACCAGGAUUUGAUUUCAACCGCCUCGGACCUCGACACAAAAAUCCGAACAAUUGUUCACUUGAGCUGAAGAAGGUGCCAAGACCUCUAAACAAUAUAACACAUCUCAACAAUCACUUUUCAAAGUUUGGCAAGAUUGUCAACAUUCAGGUAUCAUACGAGGGAGAUCCGGAAGCUGCGAUAGUGACUUUCUCGAGUCAUGCGGAAGCAUAUGCUGCGUAUAGAAGCACUGAAGCCGUGCUCAACAAUCGCUUCAUCAAAGUUUUCUGGCACAACAGUGGAACAAAUAAUGAGGCCAAACAGGAAAAUGUGACACCACCACGACCAUCGGUGAAAGAUCGGCUGGGAGUGGCCGUUGUCCCCUCAGUAGCCCCAUCACCCACCGCCGUCAAGGUGCUCGACACUUUACAGCUCGAGCAGGAACCUGUAGAGAAGGUGAUAAUGUCAGGAAACAACUUGACAAAAACAGUAUACAUACCUACGGCCUUGAAGAAAGCCAAUGUGGGCACGACUGCACCAACUGUCGUUCAGGAGAACAGAGUUUCUGUGAGUCGGCAGAAGGCUGCCGCUGCAAUCAAGAAGACACAGGACAUGUUGGCAGUCAAGGAGAUUCUGAAGAAGAAACAUGAAGAGAAAAGAAAGGAAGCAAUGAAAUUAACUGCUGAUCUCCGGAAACGAAAGCAAGAGCUGCUGGAAAAACAGCUUGCAGAACAGAAAUCACUUAUAGAACGGCUGGAGAAAGGUGUUGCUCCAGAGCAGCGUGAAGCCCUCAUGGCAACUAUAAAAAAACUGCAGGAGACAAUUGAGCAAAUCCGAAAGGACCUGAGUUCAUCUGUAGUUCCUACUGUCAAAAGCACUUCCUCUCUUAGUGCUGGAGGAUUAACUAAAAAGACUGUUCAAGAGGCACAACGUGAAAUUCUGGACGCGGAGCUCGACUUGUUCACCCGACAACAGGAAGGAGGAGACACGUCUGAGCUCCAGAGGCGUGUGGCAGAGCUGAAGAUGGCCGCCCACUCCCUAGGUCUCCUGCGGCCGGCUCCAAGGGUGGCUCGAGGUGCAGCUACACUUUCCCACCGAUCAGCAGUUGGCAGGGGGAGGGGCAGAGGCUACGCACACGUUUCCGUCGACCAUCGACCUACUAAGGUCCUCGUAUCAGGAUAUGAAGAGGAUGAGAAAGAUGAUGUUGUCAGUCACUUUGCACAAUUUGGAGAGGUUGUAGACUACGUAGUUGAUGAGUCGACACCAUCUUUGAUCUUGAACUACAAGUCGAGGAAGGAAGCGGAGCUGGCAAUUCUGAAGGGCCGAACAUUUCAGGACCGACUGCUGUCAGUGACGUGGUGUGGAGGAGGACAGCCAGCUACAACCCGUCUCAGAUCGGGAUCGGUGAGUGGGAGCCUCAUGUCGACAGUCCACCUGCACCCUGGGGGCGGUGCCCACCGCCAGGUCGUGCUGGUGGGAGGAGCGGGCAGCGACGGUGGGCUUGAUGAACCUCUCGCUGAUGACGAGGAGGAGAUUGGUGGUGCCGAACUGAGUGAAGAUGUUCUCCUCCAGGAUGACGAGGAAGAGGAGGAAGAUGGAGAAGAUCGAAGCUGGCGGCGAUAGCACUGUACUGCACUUCUGUGAUACACAAUGAAAAGAAAUUGGUUUCAGUGCUUUUGUUCUGCCUUGGUGAUAUAUUUGUUCACUGCUUAGAGAGGUUUAACGUUAGCUUUCAUUGUAUAAAUUUAUUUGUAUUUGGUACAAAGCAGUUCACGUUUAGUCACUUGUAUUAUCUUUUCCCACCCAUUCCUGUAUGUGAAAUGUAGUAUUGUGUAUAUAACUUCAAGUCUCUGUGUGGGUUUCUCCUCCUUGUCUUUCAGGUACGAGCUUCAUUAUGUUCUGUCAUUGAUUUGUGUUAGGUAGACAAGCCAAAUUUGGGGUCACUACGUACAUGACUAGUAAUUUAUGAAAUACAGCUGAAUCCCACUAGAAGCAGAGGCUGCCAGCAAGGUCACUGCGCAGAUCCUGGCACACUACUGAGGCAUACACAUACGAGUGUUUAAUGUGGCUGAUCUAAAAAAUUAAAAUGACUUUCUGUUGUAUACUGUCAGUUAUCUGCAAUUAUAAAAAUGAUGUUGUAGACAUGUCCUGAAUUUAUCACCCUGCGUUCAGUACGAACUGUACCAACUGUUGUAAUUAUACAGUUUGAAAAGUAAAUUGCAAAGAUAAAUUUUCUUCUGCCGUUUAUCAUUGUCAAUGUGUGUUAAUACAGAGGAUGAGGUGACACUACAUUUUUGGCUGUAAUUCAGUAAAUCACAGUAAUAACUUUUGGGGAAAACAAUUGUUGAAGGAACAGAUAAGUGCACUGUGUGUCACAGAUGCAACUGAACAGUUGCUGUCUUUACCUAAUAAGCAGAAUGAUCACCAUCCUUUGACAGAUAUCAAUCUGUCUGUGACUGACUAUCCACACUUUUUCUCAUUCUUUGUUGUUAAUGUGUCAUUGAAGUUUUGCACGAAUAGAAAACUAGCUUCAUUGUACCAGCAGCUUAUAAAGAGCUUAGAUCUUGUAAAUUAAGAACUCGUACAGUAAUGUUCCAUGCGUGGACUAAACAUGCUACAUGACAAAAGAAGAGUUAAUUGAAAUUACUUUGCAAGAUCAGUGAAUAUUUGUGGUUAUUUUUAUGGAAACAAUACUUUCAGGUUAAUUUCUGGGGCUUCACCUGCGGUAUUCGUGUAAUUAUGACACCAGUACUUGGUUAUUUCUUUUUAUGUAAUUUGAGAGUAAACUGAAAAAUUUCAUUUGACUAAUGUGCUACGGUUCAUUAUUUGGAAAGUAGAACUGUACUUUGAAGAAUCCCAAAUCUCUGUUUUGACCACAAAGUUCACAAAUAUCCAUUACAUCUUGAGUGGAAACCGAAAGCAACAUUUUAUUAUGAAGACAAUAGUUCCUCACUGCUUUGCUAUACAAGCACUGUCUGUGAGUAAGUACCGAUGUAGCAUCCUUAGUGUGCCAUGUUGUAGUCGUCAGUGAGAUUUUAAAGUCUGUAAAGAUAUUUUGCUGUCUGGAAAAUACAAGUGUGUUAACAGCUGUUCCGCACCAUUUGAAUUCACAUCAGUUUUUAAUUUGUUGUAUUUGGUUUUGAAUUGGAAAGUGGUAAUUGCAUACUGUAUAAACUGGCACUGUCAGUUUAGAGUGUUUAUUAAAUUUGGAAGCACAUGCUCAUAGAGUCAGAGAUGUGCCUUUCAAUAGUGUGUUUGUGUGUAAUAUUUAUCAUAAUAGCAUUACUAUAUUGUGUGAAAAUUUGUGCAAAAUGAGAGAUAUUUUUCAUACAUUUAAUUUGUCAAAACAUAGAUCUGCUGAGAGCUUCCUGCUGACCAUUCUUGAGUAACAUAAUUCAGUUAAUUUAAUAGUUUAAAUCAUAUCCACCAUAAAAGAUAUUUUUAAUUGACAAUGUUUCUGCCUUGGAGGUGGAGCAUAUAAUUGGGUUAAAUGACAUUCAGAUUCUUAAUGUUGUAGCUGCAUUUUGACUGUGCCAUAGUGCUGGAAAUGAUGCUUAUUCAAAUUUCUCAUAUUACUAUGUCAUUUUGAUUUGUUUUGCCAUAUUUUGUAGUGCACUUAUUUCAGUCAUGGUUUAUUUUAUUUUCCAAUGGAUUUGCUGGACCUCACAAAUUGUUUCUAUAUGGUAUUGUCUAUGAUAGGGCAAAACUGCUGUGAUGUACUUUCCAUUAAUGUUUGUGAUCAGAACAAACAAAUACCAAGCAGUUUUACUGUGUAAAGAAAAGAACAAGCGACACUUUAUUUCUCUCAAAUACACUGUGGUAGUUAAUAGAAAGUAUUUUGUCCUGGUAGUUCUAUCAGUUUACAUAUAUUGUUACUUAAUAUUAUAUGUCUGUACUUCUCGAUGUAAAUUUUAUUGUAAUAUUUGUGUGUUAAUUUCUAAUGGGCCAAUUUUUAUGUAAGAAAAGAUGUACUAAAAUAUAUAAAAGUGCUUUGAAAAUAUGCUCAGUUGAAAAGAUUAAAAUAUGAAAAGAAUUAAGAUCAAAAAAGAAAAGAAAAGAAAAGAAAAGAA